CGGUGAAGUUCCAAGAUGGCUGGACGAAAGCUUGCUAUGAAAGCCAUUGACUGGGCAGCAUUUGGGGAGAUCAUACCUAAAAACCACAAAGCCAUUACUAAUGCCUUGAAAUCCCAUAAUGAAUAUCUUAUGACCAGAUUGGCUACCCUGCCUGAGAAGCCACAAGCGAUCAAGUGGGCUUACUACAAGGAAAACGUGGCCAAGCCUGGCCUUGUGGACGAGUUUAAGAAAAAGUUCAAUGAGCUGAAGUUUCCUGUGCCAGAAGAUAAAUUCAGUGCCCUAGGGGAUACUGAAGAACAGGAAGAUGCAAAACUUGAUGCUGAUUUUGUGAAAGCUUCAAAUGCUAGGAUUGCAGAACUUGAGAAAGAGAUGGAAAAGAUCAAGAAUAUAAUUCCUUUUGAACUGAUGACCAUUGAGGAUUUGAACCAAGCCUUUCCUCAAACCACACUGGACAAGAAGAAGUAUCCUUAUUGGCCCCACAAGCCAAUGGAGAACCUCUAA